AUGGAGCAUUUUCCUGUCUCUGAGCUGAGACAAAUGGCUGAUGAGUGAAAUCUUGAGAAUGUUCACAGCUUUUCUCUUUCAUUCUGUCGCAGCCCAGAAGAUGGUGAGAUCCAUCCAGAAAUCUGUCGGCUUUACAUCCAGCUGCAGUGUUGCUUAGAAAUGUACACAACAGAGAUGCUAAAAUCCAUAUGUCUGCUGGGAUCUCUUCAGUUUCAUCGAAAAGGGAAGGAGCCUGGCGGGGGAACCAAGAGUUUGGAUUGCAAAAUCGAGGAGAGUGCUGAAACACCUGCUCUAGAGGACUCCUCCUCAUCUCCCGUAGACAUUCAGCAACAUUCCUGGCAGGUUUCCACAGACAUCGAGAACACCGAAAGAGACAUGCGAGAAAUGAAAAACCUUUUAAGCAAACUCAGGGAAACUAUGCCUUUACCAUUGAAAAAUCAAGAUGACAGCAGUCUUCUAAAUCUAACUCCCUACCCCCUGGUUAGAAGACGGAAGAGAAGGUUCUUUGGGCUGUGUUGUCUUGUCUCAAGCUAGGCGAUUCCUCCUGGAAACCCACCAUUGGGGAGACCUGAAAAUAUCACAGAACCUGAGGACCUCCAGACAGCUGCACCACAGUUACUGGGUUUUGACUAUGUUUUCUAUGCUUCCUUAUUGCUUUUAUCCGCCUCCCGUGUCCUUUUAAAUGAUUUUACAUUUGAAAGCAGCUGCUGUCAAGAAAAAAAAAAAAAAACCAGAUUCACAAAGCAGGCUGUUUUUAAAAGGAUUUUUAAAGCUGACAUAGUGCAUGUCUGCUCCAAACCAUACCAUGACAGAAGCAAGAAUUAUGAUUUUUAAAUUAUUCACAGGUUUUUUUAAAUGUAUUAUACAGAGAAAAAUUAUUUCAUGUAUGAUAGUAUAUCUGUAGCUCUUGCUGAUCUCAUAUUAACAAUUUAUCACAUAUGAAAGAAAUCUUUAAACAUAGAAAUCUAUUUAAACUGCAAAACUGUGUUCAAAAAUCCAAUCUAUCGAUAUCGUUAGAAAUAUUAUAAUCAAACAUAUGCCACCUUACUAUUGCUUUCUCUGCACUCAUUUACGUUUAGUCUUCCAUUUUGUCAGAAUCUAAGAGCUUCAACAUAAAAAUAUCUUAAUUUAUAAUGCAACAAAACCAUAUAUGAAAAGUAUUUAAAUUUUGUAAAUAUGCAAUAAGCCUAAUACCUUCGUACAAUGCACAUGGGCAACUAAUUUCCUUUUGAUCCAAUGUUGUCUUUUUCAGCUUCUUGAAGAGUGAAGUAAUCCAGAUAGGAAAUGGUGUAGUAACAUAUACAAUUAUCCUCAAAUGUAAAAUUGAGUAUUCUCACAUUUUGUUCUAACUGAAAUCUGAAGCAUGAUGUCUGCACAUCAGCAUAGUGUUAAAUCUUCUAGGGCAUGCUGGAAUUAGCUCAGAUCGUAAAAAUAUUUAACAUUUUACAUUAUUAAUAAAAUCUUUUUAGUUAAGCUAAGCUUGUCUCAUUUUAGAUGACUAUGCAGAUAUGACUUUUCCAAUGUGUACUUGGUGUCUUGUCUUAUGCUUAAACUCUUGAAAGCAGGACACGUUAAGCAAUACUAUAUUUUAGAAAGGAGGAAGCCUGGCGCUUUGUUUUGCUGCUCACAGCUUUGUUGUGAUCUUCCUCCACUAAACUUGUAACAUGGUACAAAUUUAGUUAUAUUUUCCCUUGUUCUUCCUUUGGCCCAUUUCCCAGACAGAAUUUCCCAUGGGGUGAGAAAUCAGACCUUUGGAAUUCUUUUCUUGUUUUCCGUAGUCUGAAAAAUCCUAAAGUCAGACAAGAAGCACCAGUAUCUAGGACAAUAAAAGGAUGAGCUAGAUGCCUAUAAGUGGUUUAUCCAAGAUGCAUCCUUAAUCCCAGCCCUAUUCUUUCUCAGUACGAAUGUGCACAGGUAUUUAUAUGUCCACCAAUAUUUUGACCUAAAAACUAAAUAUAUUAAAGCCUUUAGCUUUAGUGAAGAGAGAGGUACGUACAGAUGAACUACUGGAGUAAGUAUUGUAUUAGGUUGAAUUAUAUGAAAUUGCUGAUAUUUGACUGUUUUGACCUAUAAAAAUGGCAAUUGCAUACAGUUCAACCUAAUAUCUGAUGUUUGUGGAAAUUAAACUUGGAAUUGUCAUCUAGCUUUUUUAAUUGAAGGUGAAAGGAUUAAAGGGUUGGAAGAGAUCUCAAAAGGCUAUGUAGGCCUCUAUUUAGAUUAUAUCUGCUGGGUUUUGGCCUUAUUCUUGGAAUCCAAAGUGUGUUCCAAUGAACUGGUAAUUAAUUAAUGCAUGGUUAUAGGUAUGUCUGAGUUCAUAUAAGAAGUGCCCUUGAAAGUUUAUAAG